GUAAUCGCGACGACGACUUCACAGCGUGACCACGGCACUCCAUCUCGCUCAUCAAGUCACUAAGCCCGUCCCGUCCAGAGCUUGAACUCGAAACUCAAGAAAAAAAACCGCAACCCCGUCCCUCGCCGGCCAUCUAAACCGACCACGCACACUCGAAGCGGACUCGUUGUAUUCCCGCAGCCUAUCGCGCGCCCAGAACCAGCAGCAUCACCCCCCAAGAUAACGUUUGCCCCCUCUUGCUGGGUUUCUAGAUCUCAUUUCAAGAGGCACGAGCGCGCGCCACGGGUGCACGAGUCACAGAUCUUGUUCAGGCCUCGUCGAUAUGGUUCUCGACGAAAGAACGCACGCACACCCUCAUCCCCCCCCCUGGAAAAAGAACCCCCGAGAUUUCCGUUUUUGGAGCCCCUUCGCUCUUCGCUCGUUGCUAGCGUCCGAUCGCACUUUGUUUUCCUGUCGCGAAAACCUCGCAGCCAUGGUCGUCCGAGCGGAAUCGCGAGUAAUUAUAGUCUCUUCGAGUCUAACGGGGGCACAAGGAACGUAGCACUGGGCGAGGCUACCUCAUCAUCGGAUACAGACCUUCAAAGAAGGGGAGUGUGAAGGGCCUCCGAACGAACCGCCCAGAUCACCCUAACCUAACGACAAAGCCCAUACCCAAUGUAACCCAUGCCUCCCCCCAUGCCCAUACCCGUGUCUCACUGACACACAUCGUUGACGCCCUCACAGCCCCCAUCCCCUCUUCUAAUUCUACGGAACUCGCCGUGCCCACAUACCCAAUAGCGAUAGCGAGAAGAAAGAGAAAGAUAGCCAAUGCGUGCGUGCCUCGUGCCGUGGUAACAACGACUGUAACCCCCGCCCCAAGAAUAGCUCACGUUCAUUAACAGACUGGUUUUUGAAUUCGAAUCGCGGUCUCCGUAUGAAAUCUGUGAUGAAAAAGGGAAGAAUGAACGAACGACUGACAUGGGCUUAUCGGUUUUCGGUCUCGGGCGAGAAAAGAAAGGAACUUGGGACUGAAUAGAGUGGAGAACCGGUGUCCUUAGAAUAGCACGAGUAUAUUCUGCCUGAACAUUGGCAUCGACCGCUGACACGCCCAAACUAGGGACUCUGAGCUCCGAUCCUUAGACUCUCCUCACUCAUCGGCCUUUCACCAUACUUGUCGGAAGAACAUCCUCGUCGUUUUUCGUCAAUUCGCUCACGCGAAAUCUGAGUUCUGCCUUUGUGGUGGCUUGCUUUUUGCGUUUCUGUUUGGCGCGUUGCGGUUCACCGAUGGUCGAUGCCGUCAACCGCCAUCUUGGAGCAAAUCUGCAUAAAUCUGUAGAAACCAAGGGAAAGUUCUUCGCACACGUCCCAGAUCUCCUCACACAUCGGCUGUCUGAUGUGGCAUGGGUAUAUACGUGAGCAUCAACCCUCUUCUGGACUGGUGCAGUUACAGGUGAUAGACGCGCGAGAAGUUGUACAAGAUUUUGAGAAUACUCGUCCAAUGAGAAUUCACGCCUCCAGUAUCAUGUCAUCAUUCCACCAUGGUUGUAAUUUUGCGACGCGCUUGGAGCACUUGCUUGGGUCAGGGCAGCCAUUCAUUGAAGACGUACCCCAGCGCGUCCACUCAGCAAACGCUACUCGAGCCGACACACGCGGGUGUGUACUACUCGAGGCCCAAGCGCGAAUUUACCCCGUCCGAGUGCGCAGUUACACGGUGUUCUAGUGCUCAAAGUAGUUUAGAAAGGACGGGAUAGUGACCCUUGUACUAGUAGCACGUAUGCUCACGUUCCCAACACGCCACAGCUGUCAGUUUGUCAGACGCGCCUGAAACAGCCGAAUAGCACUUGAGUGUGCACCUCCCCUAGCCACGUCAGGCAUACUCAGACAUUUUGGUGGAAGAAUGAGGCUGCAGUUUUGCCUCGUGACUGACGGUUACCCGAAGAAAACGCGGCGGCGGCACUGGUCGAUCCAGCAGAACGCCACAAAGACCAGGGUCAUGCGCACCGAGAGCCAGCCAACUUCUUCGUUUCAUACUUCCAUUUUCUGUUUAUCCCCUGUCCCGGUUUAUGCGCGUUCGC